AUGCCUAUACAGUAUCAAGCUACGGGACAGCCGGGUGGACUUCAAGGAUAUCCGAGCCAACAGGGGAUCCCACCGGUUCCUCCUCUCCCUACUGGACUUUCGUCAUUCUCUCCACAAUCUCAACAGACAUUUUCGUCACUUCCUCAGCAGCAGCCGCAACAGCAACAGCAACAGCACAAGAAGGCGAAAAGUCAAACAAAGAUCCCUACUAUUCGGCUUUCCUUCAUUACCGCUGCCGAUCAGGCUAAAUUUGAACAGCUUUUCAAGGCGGCAGUUGGGGAGGGCCAGGCUUUAUCAGGUGACAAAGCAAGGGAUAUUCUUUUAAGAUCUCAACUUUCUCCAUCAGAUCUUCACCAAAUAUGGCAACUUGCCGAUACCACCAAGUCCGGACAAUUGCUAUUCCCCGAGUUUGCCCUAGCUAUGUACCUUUGCAACCUCAAACGUGGGGGAAAGACCUUGCCGUCAACAUUGCCUGAAGUGGUCAGAAACGAGGUCUCGAGCAUGGUGGAUAUAAUUUCCUUUGGCGUGCCCGAUUCUGCUCCGCUUCCGGCUCCGCGGACGAACGUCCCCAGCUUUGAGGUUAGCAGCGCGCCACCACAGACCCCUCAAACCGCAAUCUCGCCCUCGCAACCUACUGGACAACCUCAGCCGAGUAACUCUCAGUUGCUCGGUAUGAUGGCCCAGCCAACAGGAUUCCAACCCCAGCAAACCGGAAUACCGGGACUUCAGUCUCAGCGGACAGGAUUCCCUACCAUGCAAACACAGUUUACUGGUUUCCAACCACAACAGACAGGGAUAACUUCCCAGGCAACGGGAUAUGGCCAGGGCCCUGGUAGCUAUGGUGGCUCAAUUCCUCCUGUGCCCCCGAUACCCACUGGUGUGUCGUCCCUGAUGCCUAGCGGAAUGAACCCAUUGCAGGCUCAACCUACAGGCCGGCCAGGCCAAUGGGGCUUUGUCAACACACCGGCGUCUGUGCUUCAGGGUAUUGAUGCUCUGCAAGAACGAAUGAUGCCACAACCUGGGCGGGAAGGAGGCUUUAGUACCCAAGGGUUGCAAGGAAAUGCUGUGAUCCCAUGGUCCAUCACCAAGGUUGAGAAGCAGAAGUACGAUCAGGUAUUUGAGGGCUGGGAUGGGCUUAAGAGGGGUCUGAUAAGUGGCGAUACUGCUAUUGAGGUUUUUGGGCAAAGUGGAUUACCGAAGGACAAUUUGAUGCAGAUAUGGACCUUGGCGGAUUCAGGUAACAAGGGGAGCUUGAACAAGGAUGAGUUUGCGGUUGCAAUGCAUUUAAUUUUUCGUAAACUUAACGGAUAUGAAAUUCCGACGCGUCUUCCGCCAGAGUUGAUCCCUCCUUCUACCAAGAAGUUUUCUGAGUCCUUGAGCACUGUAAAGUCCUUUCUGCAAGAAGGCCGUAAAGCUUCUGCUCUCCAACCUCAGGCCACUGGUGUCAGUUACUUGAAGAGUCGAUCUUUCCAUGAUACGGCGACAGCCCAGGAAAGGAAAGAUGGGACGGUAUAUAGAUUUGAUGACAAUCAAGUUGGCUAUAAGUCUAGCGCUAGGCAUCGAGCUAAGGGGGCAAGAUCUCCUUCGCCAGCUGUCGGCGGGUCCCCGUCACCGUCGCCUGGGCCGGAGAUGACGCUCGAUCAACUUCGUAAGAGGGUCCGAGAAAAGCAGAUUCUACUGAAUGCUAUCGAUAUCAAGGACGAAGACGAGGCGGAAAAUGAUGACAUUCUUGAUAGGCGUGACCGCCGUGAUGCCGAUGACCUCUAUAGGAGGAUCAGACGAGUGCAGGAGGAUAUCGAUGCAAAUCCUAAUGCUGCUGUCGGAGGCACAGACCUAGAAGCAGAAAGAAGGCAGCUGAGGAGACAGUUGCAAAAUUUGGCAGACCGAUUGCCUGAUCUUGCCUCCAAAGUUCGGAAGACCGAGCGAGGCAUUGCAGAUGCUAAGCUUUCGCUUUUUGGGUUGCGGGAUGCCAAAGCUCAUCCGGGAUCUGCAUCUGUGAUUAUUGGAACUGGUCCUGGAGGAGCCAUCACUGAAUCCGACCGCAUCAAGGCCCGAUCCAAGGCUAUGAUGCAACAGAGACUUGCUGCAUUGACCGGAAAGCCAGCUGCUUCAACUGGUGAUGAUGAUGAGGCUGCUUCGAGAAGAUUGGCGGAAGAGACUCAGAAGAUAAAAUCUGAGCAGGAAUCCAAUGAUAGAAUGACCCGUGAUGUGGAAGAUAGUGUUACUGAGUUCCGGAAAUCACUGGAAGGUUCUCUCAAAUUUGCUCCUGGUGAGAGCGGUGGUAUCUCAGAUUCCGAGAGGAGAAGAUGGGAAGAGGCUUUGGGUGUUGAGGAUGAAGUCAAGGAAUUCAUUUUUGACCUCCAACGCCAGUCUCACUCCGCUAAGUUGAGACGGGAAGAUGAUAGGGAUUAUCGCCGCCCUCUUGCGCCCCCCUCACGCACCUCCACACCAUCUGGUUCUUCUUACUCAAGCUUCAAGUCUGCCGAAGAGCGAGCGGCUUUCAUUAAGCAACAAGCCGAGCAGAAGAUGGCCGAGCGUCUAGCCGCGCUUGGGAUCAAGCCACCAGCGCGCUCGAACAUUGGCGAAACUGCCCAACAGCGUGCAGAGCGCGAGAGAAAGGAGAGGGAGGAACGCCUUAGGAAGGCCGAAGAAGAAGAAGCCAUGCGUGAGCGCAACUUACAACAGAGACUCGCUGACGAGCAACCGAAACCACCCGCCCCUAUCACCUCAAAGAAACCCCCUCCACCCGCACCUCGUAGAGCCAAAGAUGAUAACCAAGCAAAGGCUAGGGCAGAGGAACAGGCCAGAAAGGCGGAGGAGAGCCUCAGGGCAGCAGAAGAACAGGCUCUCAAAGAAGAACAGGCGGCCCAGAGAGCCAAGAUUGAGCAGAAGGAGGAGGAAUCGAGAGCAGAAGAGGAAGCACUUUUGAGAGAACAAGAAGCGGCUAGAGCUCGUCUUCAAGCCCUUGAGGAUAAAGUGAAGCAAGGAAAGUUACAGAAGCAAGAGGAGAAGAAGAAGAGGCAGGCGGCACUUCAGGCCACCAAAGAGAAGGAAGCUAGACUUGCAGCUAUGCGUGCGGAGAUUGAGAGGGCUAGGGAGGAAGAGGAACGCCUCAAGCGUCUCCAGAUGGAACUUGAGGAUUCGUCCUCAGAUGAGGAGGGGCCGGAGGAAUUAGGGGGGGUGACACCAACUAAAGAAUCGGUGAGCGAGGAGCAAUUCGUACCCGCCCCUUCACCGUCCUCAACUGCUGCCUCUCCUCCCCCGCCUCCGCCUCCUCCACCCCCCCCAGCUCCCCCCCUUCCCCCAGCUGUCAAGGCACCUUCACCGCCUGCUACUGCUGUGCCUUCAGUUCCUCCAACCUCGGUUGGCGCUGACACCAAUAACCCAAGCAAUAACCCGUUCCUAAAGCAUCUUGGAGCGAAUGGCGACGUGCCAGCCUUAUCCCCCGCGGCCCCCGCUAGUACAGCUAGCGCUGCUCCCUCUGCUCCCUCUGCCCCAUCUAGUUCUGGUGCUGUUCCUAGCAAGAACCCAUUCUAUAAGCUGAAUCCCGAUCAAACUGCUGAGCCUUCCCCAAGGACGUUUUCACGUCGCCAACCUGAGGAGGAUGACUGGAGUGUUGUGGAUGGGGGUGAGAGUUCGAGCGAUGACGAUGACGAUCCUCCGAAUCGCCAGGGCACAAGAGCUCUAGCUGAGAUGCUCUUCUCAACCAUGGCUCCCCCUAGGCCAUUGUCUAGCAUGGGCAGCAAGGAGACUGAGCAGCCAAUUAGUCCUUCGAUAGGAGGAGCACCGCCUCCGCCGCCUCCACCACCGCCUCCACCCGCUCCACCAAUGCCGUCCGGAUCUUCCGCCCCAGUUGCGCCACCGAUCAAGGUGGAUGUUGGUUCCUUAUUGAACGAGAUUUCUUUGGGUAGGGCUUUGAGGAAGACCGAGACAAAGGAUAGGAGUGCUCCGGCCUCGGGCGGAAGGGUUGUUGGUUGA